CUCUUCUUCUUCUGCCAGUGCUGUUGCCGUUUCGAAAGUGUCCAUCGCUGAGCCAGCCAAGAAAGCGAGUAUGAAGCGAGAAGGAAGAAUAUAGAAUACGGAGGGGUAAAGUGAUGAUAGUCACGUCCUACCAUACAACGACCUUACUUCAAUCCAACUCUUCCUCCUUAUUCAAUUCCCCAAUCUUGGCCUAUCAUUCAAUUUGCAGAUAGAGACUCUUCCUUGGCCAAGAAAAUAAUUUAAUUGCUCGUUUUUUCGUGGGUGCCUCAAGAAAUGACCGACGUACUCCAUUCCCCAUCUCACUUCCCUUCACCAACAAGCUCGUCCUCAGCUCCAUGUGCACCCCCCGAUAAUAAUGCCCAUCAUGACUCAUUCCACCACCAACAUUCCCUUGGCCUCGGCCCUUCAGUACAAGGCCUAGGAGUCGUAUCCCAACAACAGAGACUGUUGAAUACACAACCAACUCAAAUAGAAGAAGAAGGAGAAGGAGAAGGAGAAGAAGAAGAAGAAGAGAGAGAAAGGGGCGGAGAGGGAGAGGAGGAAGAUCAGCUGUCUGUAUUGGCCCUUUUGGUGGCUGCUUUUAGGAAGUCACUGGUUGGGUGCAGCAUUAGCAGGGGUGGGGGUAGCAGAGAUAUUUGUGCUGUAGCAAUGGAGAUUGGUGUGCCCACCGAUGUUAGGCAUGUUGCUCAUGUCACCUUUGACAGGUUUGAUGGGUUUCUUGGCCUUCCUGUUGAGUUUGAGCCUGAGGUUCCCAGAAGAGCCCCUAGUGCCAGCACGACUGUGUUUGGUGUUUCGACGGAGUCUAUGCAACUUUCAUUCGAUUCUAGAGGGAACAGCGUGCCUACAAUACUUCUCCUGAUGCAGAGGCAUUUGUAUGCCCAAGGAGGCCUCCAGGCAGAGGGGAUUUUCAGGAUUAAUGCUGACAAUGGCCAGGAGGAAUGCGUUAGAGAGCAGUUGAAUAGGGGAGUGGUACCCGAUGGCAUUGACGUGCACUGUUUGGCUGGUCUUAUAAAGGCUUGGUUUAGAGAACUCCCCAGUGGGGUUUUGGACUCGCUCUCGCCAGAACAGGUAAUGCAGUCACAGUCGGAAGAGGAUUGUGCUCAGCUCGUGAUGCUCCUCCCACCAAUGCAAGGCGCUCUCUUCAAUUGGGCCAUCAAUCUAAUGGCUGACGUUGCUCAGUUUGACCAUUUGAACAAGAUGAAUGCACGCAAUGUGGCCGUGGUGUUCGCCCCCAACAUGACGAAGAUGGCUGAUCCCUUAACAGCUCUGAUGUAUGCUGUUCAAGUGAUGAACUUCUUGAGAACUCUUAUCGAGAAGACACUGAGAGAAAGAGGCGACUCCCCCAUUGAAUAUCCACCUCCUCUUAAUGUGGAUCCUUCUGAUGGCACCGGGCCCCAGAGUUCUUCUGUCCCAUUGUCCAAAGAAGCCGAAGUUGAAGAGGGACACAGAAAAGAGGAACUUUAUGCGAAGGAAGAACCUGCUGCAGGGUGUUCUUCCCGUUCUACUGAUAACGACCUUUUAACCGAAAGUGAACCUCAAAAGUUGUCCUCCAUUGAGAAUAUAAUCCCCAUUGGAAACCACGCUCUAGUCGACAGUCGCCCCUGCGAAGCUGUGUCCCAAAUCGGUUCGCUAAAGAGUGAAGUCUGCAAUGGUCCUUUGGGCGGUUCAAACGGUGCCGUCCUGAGGAACAUCCCGAAGAGCAGUUCCAAUUUCAGGAGAGGAUCGAUUAAGGUGAAGGAGGGGCAGAUUGUUCAGAGAUCAACACCGGCUGAGAAGGCCAACAUCAUUGGUAACAUAAAUCCGAGGGCGGAGUUAAGGGAGGCUUGGCGAUGAAGGGUCUGGGUUCGAUUCGGGUUGGGAAAUCGUCCAACUGAUCAAAGUUGGCAUGCUGUUGUAUUGUUUCCUUCGAGAAGUGCUCUUGUUUCUAAAAUCUCAACGUGUGCUUGUAGAAUGAGGUCUCUUAUCUGUUGAUGCUCUGGAACAUUUCCUCACAUAAUGUGGAGCAGUCCCUUGUGCAUUU